AUGAUAAAAUCUACUUCUUUCUUUUUAUCCUUAAUAACUAAUUUUAAAAAUUAUAUAUUGUUUGCUUUAUUUCUCUUUAGUUUUUAAAAAUAUAACUAAGAAAUAAAUAAAUAGAUUGAAAAGUUAUUUAAAUUAACAUUCGUUUUUAAAUAUAUUUCUAAAAAAUAUAAUAAUUAAAAAAUUGUAAAUAAUUUUGAUAAUCAAAAAUAAAAGGCUAGGUGUAAAAAAAUUGUAUUGAAAAAAAAAGCAUAACAUUUAAUUACUAUGAUAGUAUAUAAUUUGAAUAAGAUUAAUGAAAUUGAUCGCUCUCAAUUAAAAUCAAUAGGAUUUGAGUUAAAAUUCAAGGGAAUUGGAGAUAAAGGUUGUAGUGAGAUAGGAAAAUGGAUAGGAAGUUGUGAAGUUCUAACUGAUUUAAAACUAUAGCUUAAAGAUAAUUAGAUAGAAGCUGAGGGAUUUAAUAAUUUGAUUUAAGGUAUUAAAUAGGCUAAUAAUAUAAAUAAUCUUUAGCUUCUACUUGCUGAAAACUAUGCUAAAAUUAAAGGAACUUAAUAUUUAUUUUAAGGGCUUACUGAAUGCAAAAACUUGACAAGUUUAAAUUUAGAUCUUGAAACAAAUAGUAUCAAAAAAAACGGAUUAUAGGUCAUCUAUCAAUUUUUACCUUAAAUCCCAAACCUAAAGCAUCUUUAGAUUAACUUAGAUAAUAAUGAUAUGGAUUCUGCUUCUGCUUUAAGUUUAUUUGAUGCUAUUAAAAAUUGUAAGAAUAUGAGCAGUUUACACAUAAAUAUAAGUGAAGCAGCUUUUUCUAAUCAAAAAUAUUAACCUUUGUGUUUAAAAAUCAAAGAAUGUUAGAGAAUUAACACACUUAUGCUUAAAACAAACGUUCAAUAUUUUAUGGGAAAAUCUAAAUGCAACAAGAGCUUAUUUAAAAUGAAAAGAUUGGUAAAAUGUCAAUUUUACUAUUGA